GCAGGAAUCAAGUGGCGUUACGUUCACAGGGAAGCAGAAAUGCCUUAACCCGAGAAACAAUGAAUCAAUACAAAGGUCAAACUCAUGGUAUCCUGCCGCCACCUGCACAAUCAGAAAGAAGUGUAUCUCAUUGAUAUCUUAUAUCUAGCAGGAGCUUACUGGAGGAAGUGAUUUUGAUGAGCAACAGUUUGGUGAAGAUUGCUUGGCAGGAAUGGGGCUGGUUCUCGGCUCUCUGAGCGGAGCAACUCUGUUCCUUAAUAAGAAGACCGUGGAGUCUUACUUAGGUCAAUCGGGUUCCUUUUCUAAAGACACACUCAUUGACUGGGUUUACGAACAAAUCGUCAAGGAUUCUGCAAAGGAAAGGAUGGAUCUUAAGACAGUUCGACUAACGAUUCUCAACGUACUGAACGUAGUCAAUUGUUGCAUGCCAGGAAUGCAGUAUGAUCCGCCACUUCGGAAGACAGUAAAGAACUUCUACGAUGGGUGGAAACAUUUGAAAGAAGAGGAGAAGAAGGAAAAACUGAAGGAAUUCAUUGUGAGUCUUCUGGAAAAGCCCAACAAAUCUAGCCAGUACACUGAGGUUACCGGCGUCGUUGCUCCGCCAUUGGCCAUGAUAAUGAAGCGGGUGGGCGAGCAAUCGCCGCAAUUGAAGCCGAUGCUAGACUACAUUCCCGAUGUAGCAUUUGUUCCACUUUUUACGAUAGGCGCCCUCAUUACAGUAAAGUUGGUAGAGAAGAACGCGCUCAAGCAGAUAUUGCAGGCAUUUUCACCAACUAACUACGGAGGAGCAUCUUCAGAGACAUGAAUUUCUCAUGCUGCUUAAUUUGUCCAAUGAAAAAGUUCUCAAACCAUCUUCAAAUAAAUAUCCCAUGUCUGCAUUUUGAUUCUGUGUAGCUAUGAACAUCUAUUUUCUUCAAAUACAUGUCCCAUUUCUGCAUUUUGGUG